AAAUUAAAAAAAAAAAUAAAAACACAGAGGCGCUAAUGAGAAGAGAAAAAGAAGACAAAAAAUACAGAGGCGCUACAACCGUCGGCGACCGUGAUCGUCGGGUCUCCCACCUUCCAGGAAAAGUAUGGCGUCAACAUCACCUACCUGGCUGUAUCAAGAUGGAGGAUUAAGAAGUAUUGUUUCUGCAGAUGGGUCUGCUAAGAAGUCCUGUUUGCAGCACUUGCAGAUAUCUUUUGCAGGUUCAUUUCCAGCAUCUGUAUGGCAAGGUAGACGUGGCUUGAGCAAUCCACUUAGAAAGGUCCCUUUACAUUUGUGCAUAAAGUGUGAGAACACUGAGAAGAAGGAGGGUUCCUAUGAGCAUGUAUCCGUUGAACGCCCACCUUAUUACAGUUAUGUGGACUCCACAUCUGGGGAAAUUGAACCAGCCUCUGGUGCACGUGCAAGCAUUCCGGGACAAGAGUACUGGCCAGAAGGUACAGCUAGUCGAGUCAGGGCAGCUAGGGCACCUGAACCAGCUGGUUUGUCAACAGGAGCUCCAUCCUAUGGGAAAAGUCCUGGAAGUAGAAGGAAAAAACAUAAGACAGCAGUUGCUUCGGAUGCUUCUUCUGUGUCUUCUGAGAUGAGUGUAGCUUUAAAUGAUCAAUUGGAAGUUGAAACUUUGGGUGAUGGUUCAGAAGAGCCUAAGGAUCUCUCCUCUGAAUAUGUUGUUUAUCAGACUGAAUCGCAGGAAGAGGAGCUAACUGAGUAUGAAUUGGACAAGAAACUUGGGCGGCCGCACCCCUUUAUUGAUCCAAAAGUGAAGAAACCAAUAGAGGAGCCACUAACAAGUGAAGAACUAUGGUGGAACUGGAGAAAACCAGAGAAGGAACAAUGGUCUAGAUGGCAGAGGAGGCGUCCUGAUGUUGAAACGGUGUUUCUUAAAGCUAUGGCAGAGACUGGGCAAAUAAAGCUUUAUGGUGAGCAUCCAACAUUGACUGAGACUUCUCUCUACAGAUCUAGACGGCAUAUUUAUAAAAAGGAAAGGCUACAGGCUGAACAAGAGAGACUGGAAAGAAUAGGUCCAAUAGCAUACUACUCAGAAUGGGUUAAAGAUUGGAAGAGGGACACUUCACGUGAAGCUGUUCAGAAACAUUUUGAAGAGACUGGUGAAGAUGAGAACACCCAACUCAUUGAAAUGUUUACACAUCAAACUGAUCGUGAAUAUCGCAUAAUGAUGGGGACUGAUGUUCGUAUUCAAAGAGAUCCUUUGGCGAUGCGAAUGAGGGAGGAUCAAAUUAAGCAAAUAUGGGGUGGAGAUCCAGUUUACCCAACAGUGAACUACAUUCAAGAUCCAAAUGAGGUGAUUGAUUUCAGGGGUCCAGAUUUUCAUGAACCAACACCCAAUAUGCUGGAUUAUUUGAAAGAGCAUGGCAAAAUAAUCACAAGAGAGGAGCUUGAGAAAAUCUUGGCCAAGGAGAAGACUGAAGUACUUGAGAUGCCAGAUAUGGAUGAAGCAAUGGCACAAGCUGUUGACAUUGGUGAAAAUGAUGAUGAAGUAGAAGAUAGCGAGGUUGAGGAUGCUGACGAAGAGGAGAAAAUUACACGCAAUUAGAGUGUCUUGAAAAGUACUCCCCAGCUUCGCAAGUCAAAGGGUAAAGCUAAGAAGGAAAACAUGUCUCUAGAUGAAGCUAUCAAUGAUUCAGAGAACCUAACUGAUUUUCUCCUAGAUUUCGAUGAGGAGUAAUAUUUCCUGGAUUUGGAGCCACACCUUGGAGGCUGGGGGCAUGCGGAUGUAAAAGAGGAGAUUUUAUCAAUCAGUCGUGGUCUCAUAAAUUUUGCAAAGGGGCAUAGAAAGAUGACAGUUUAUCCACAUCGCCGAGGAUGUUCAACUGCUGUAAAUUGGGUCUUAUUGCUAUGAUGACAGUGGUGUUUCAUAUUGUUAGAAAUGAUUACAGUUUGAGAGUAAUUUGGCAAAUUAGAUAGGAUGGGCGGGGAUCAAGAGUAGCUAGUGCCUGUGCUUUCAUGCUUGAAUUUGAUGAAAAGAACCCAUGUUAACUGAGAAUUGACUAGUGUAUAAGAUGGAAUGGAAUGUCAUUAAGAAUUCCAAACUUUUCUUCUCCCUCUAAUAGGACAAUUUAAGCUUCAUUACAUAUUCUUAGAUAGUAAACUGUAGUUUGGUAUGUUUCAGAGGUUGGUUGGUUGGUUGUCAUAUCUGAACCUCUUUUCUC